AUGACGCUCGCGAUGACGCGCGCGCCCGGGGGCGUGAUCGCCACCGCGCGCGCAUCCGACGUCGCGGCGUUUCGGAAAAGAAAAGCCGCGAGGUUCCCCCGAGAAAGAUGCGCGCUCCGAGCGCGCGGCGAACGCGUCGCGGCCUCGGCGACGCCGCGCGCGUCGCGCGCGCCGAUCCUCGGCCUGUGCGAUUCGAACCGCUCGCUCACCUCGCGCGUGAUCUCCUCGCCCACCCCGGCGCUGCGCGCGCGCGUCGCGCGCGAGAUCUCGCCCGCCGCCUGGGGGACGCGCCCGCCGCGAGGAGGCGUCACAAAAAGAGGCCGCGUCGCGCCGCGCGCCGCGCUCACGUCCGUCGGCACCGUCGCCGGCAACGUCCUCGCCGCGGUCGCGGUCGCGACCAUGGGGCCCUCCCCCGCGGCCGUCGCGACCGUCGCGGCGGCGACGACCGCGACCGCGGGCGCGGCCGCCACCGGCGGCGGGUUCUUCGGGUACUUCUUCGCGUUUCUCCUGGGCGGCGCCUUCUUCUCGACGUUUCUCGGCGUCGCCGCCAUCUUCAUGAGCGUCGGCGGGGAGAACGUCCGAAGGGCGUGGCGCGUGUUCCAAUUCCUGUCGUCCAGAGUCUGGAAGCUCGUCGCCGCGACCGCGGUGGCGGUCAAGGCGUCGAUCGAGAAGAAGGCUGGCUGGGACGACACGAAGAAGGUGCUCGACGAGGGGUUGGCGGCGACGAAACGCGAGGUGGACGAGUCGCUCAAGGCGUUCAACCAAGAGAGGGACUUUUACGCCGCCGCGGUCGGUAUUCCGGGUCUGAGGACCGCGCAGUACGUCUUGGACCACAUGAUGCCCGGUCUCUUCGCGCAGAAGCUCGAGGCGUCGCUCGCGAACAGCAUCGGAAACAUGAAGCACAAGAACAUGAAGCGGAUGAUCUUGAAGAGGGUCAACGCGGGAAAAUCCGCGCCGUUGCUCACGGGCGCGCGCUUCUACGACGUCGGCGAGGAGACGAUGGCGUUCGACCUCGACAUGAAGUGGUCCUCGGACGUCACCGCGGACAUGGAGGUCGUGCCCGCGAUGGGCCUCCCCGGGGACCUCGCGAAGGUGCCGGUGCAGAUGCACAACGUCGGGUUCGACGGCACCGUGCGCGUGAUGCUCGCGAAGCUGCAGAGGAACGAGCCGGGGUACGGCGCAAUCGUGGUGUCGUUCCCGGACCCGCCGUCCAUCUCGUUGGACAUCAAGCUCGUGGGCGGGUUAGAGGUAAACCGCGUGCCGUGGCUGAGGAACGUCGUCAGCGACGCGACGAAGACGUGGAUCAAAGAGGAGAUGUUGUGGCCGCAGCGGAUGAUCAUCCCCGCGGAGAAGCCGUCGCAGCUUUGGAAAAACUCGAGCGCUCCGGAGUACGUCUUGAGCAAGCCGGAGCUGCAGACGGUGCUCGACGAGGACCCGCUCAUGGCCGCGGAGGCGAACUUGACGUCGCUCCAAGAGAUCGCGACGUUCGCGUCCGGGAAGGUGGCGCAGCUGGAGAGCACGACGGACGAGGGCGACGGCGUUGGGGGCGAGGACGUCGAGGGCGUCGGCGACAGCGGCGCGCCGGCGCCGACCGCCAAGCCGGAGCGGAAGCUCAUCGACGUCGAGGUCACGGACGCGGACACCGUGCGUCCGACGACGCCGCAGCCGACCGCGCGGGAGGAGGUGUGGAACUGGAUCAAGGGCGCGAGCAAGGUGACCGCGGACAAGACGGUCGAGGUGGGGAAGUUCACCGUCACGAAGACGGUGGAGGUGAGUAAAGUCGCGGUGGACAAGUCCAAGGAGGUGGCGGCGAGCGACGAGACGAAGAAGCUGCUGAACGACGUCGGCGGGUGGUGGAACACCGGCGUCGGGGGGUGGUUCAACAACGUCGCGUCGAGGGCGGCGAAGGGGAAAGCCGCGAACUCGUUCCCGCCCGCGGAGGCGUGGACGAUGGCGGCGCCGACGGACGGAGAAGGCGAGGUCACGGACGUCGAGGCGACCGUCGUCGAGGACGCGGAGAAGAGCGGCGCGGGGGGGUUGAACGGCGCCGCCGACCCGGACGCGUCGGCGACGAAGAAAACCGCCGCGCCCAAGCCGAGAUGAUAGUGCCUGACUGAGAAGAGAUGUACUGUAAAAUACUAACGUUACGUUCGAAUCAUCGC